UGUGUGUGUGUGUGUGUGUGUGUGUGUGUUCUGUUGAUGACUGAAAUCAUUCUGUGGGAUUAGUGGCCACAUGACGACACUGGGCUGGGCUCCCAGAGAGCCUUUCACUUUGGCUCGACUUGCAGAAAGCUUGUAUCAGUGCUUGCCGUAGAGCCGGUACACUGAGUGCUAGAGCUUCCCCACCCCACCAACUUCAUUUUGAGCGGAUCUGUAAAUGAAGAGGGCAGCGGACAGGCCGGGAGCUCGUUUGCGAUGGCKCAGGACAUCUCGAGUUUAAGUGGAGAGGACUACUUGGAGGGGAAGUCGCCCUGUUGCUCAGACUCGGAGGCUGUGAGUCAGGGCGACAGAGACUAUGAUGACAUCUUGGAGCUCAAUCAGUUUGAUGGACUGCCUUACUCCUCUAGGUUUUACAAGCUGCUGGAAGAAAGGAAAGAGCUGCCAGUGUGGAGGGCUAAGGGUGAAUUUAUGGACUCUUUGGCCAAAGGGCAGUUUGUGGCUGUCAACGGUUUUGCUAAAACUGGAAGGAGCUCUCAAAUUCCUCAGUGGUGUGCUGAGUUCUGCCUGUCAGUCCAGUUCCAGCAUGGUAUGGUCGUGUGCACUCAGAUUCAUCCACAGCAGGCAGUGGAUCUCGCCCUAAAAGUGGCCGAUGAGAUGGACGUCAACAUUGGCCAUGAAGUCGGGUACACCAUCCCUUUAGAAACAUGCUGCUCUGAUGACACUAUCCUCAGGUAUUGCACGGAUGACGUGCUCCUGAAGGAGAUGAUGUCAGACCCUUUGCUCAUGCGCUACGGCGUGGUGGUGGUGGAUCAGGCCCACCAGAGGACCGUAGCCACCGAUGUGCUCCUGGGUUUGUUGAAGGGCAUUGCCCUGCAGAGGCCCGAGCUCCACUUGGUCCUUCUAUCAGCURUCAAACCAAGCCCCAGGCAGCUGGCGCUCUUCACCGGGUCCCCGCUGCCGGUGAUCCACCUGGAGGCCCCCGGCRUUGGGGAGGUGGUGCACAGCAGCACGGGCGACAACUACUUCUGCUCUGCUCUCCAACUCGUGCUGGAGAUCCACCGGUCUGAGGAGCAGGGGGAUGUGGUCGUGUUUCUGGUUACAACGCAGGAAAUAGACCUGGCCUAUGACAUCCUGUGUCACGAGGGCCGCAGCGCUAUGUCUGAUCGGGGUGAGCUGCUGCCGAUCGCCGUGCACCCUGGUCAGCCUGGGACUUUACCCGUUUUAGGGGAGGAGGAGGAGGCCCACCGGACACGAAGAGUGUUUCUCACAUGCAGCCCUAACGAGGAUUUCUUCUGGGCUGUUAACUCAAUAAACUUUGUUGUUGAUGCUGGACUGGAGAGAAGACAUAUUUAUAACCCCAGGAUCAGAACAAACUCAGUCAUCAUCCAGCCAAUCAGCACAGGUCAGAGCGAGUGCCGCAAACAGCUAACRGGUCCAACAGGCAAGUGUUUUUGUCUGUACCCAAAGGAGAGGCAGCUGCCUGCUGAGAUCCGCCCUCGUAUCGUGGAGUCUGACAUCACCUCCACCGUGCUCUUCCUCAAAAGGAUGGAGAUUGCCGGACUGGGUCACUGUGACUUUAUUGACAGGCCAGAUCCUGGAGGUCUGAUGCAGGCUUUGGAAGAACUGGAUUACCUCGCAGCUCUGGAUAAUGAUGGGAACCUGUCUGAGAUGGGCAUCAUUAUGUCAGAAUUCCCCUUAGAGCCCCAGAUGGCCAAGACCGUGCUGGCCUCCUGUGAGUUCGACUGUGUCAGCGAGGUGGUCAUCAUAGCUGCCAUGCUAACAGCUCCUUCUUGCUUCACGGUUCCCCCCGUGGAACUGAAACCAGACGCCACCCAGUGCUACAUGAAGUUCCAGCACCCAGAGGGGGACCACUUUACCCUCAUCAACAUCUACAAGUCCUUCAAACAGUGCCAGCAGGAUCCAUACUGUAAUGAGGAGAAAUGGUGUCAGGAUUUAUUCCUAAACUACAAAGCUCUAAUGAUGGCCGACGCUCUUCGGACUGAGCUCACAGAUACUCUGAAGAGGAUCGAGCUGCCUGUCUCGGCGCCCGCCUUCGGCUCCCGGGUCAACACCAUGAACAUUAGGAGAGCCCUACUCGCAGGUUUCUUUAUGCAGGUGGCGCGGGAUGUGGAUGGAUCAGGGAACUACUUUAUCCUGACCCAUAAGCACGUGGCACAGAUCCACCCUCUCUCCACCUACAGAGCCAAGAGCCCAAAGCCCAGCCUGCCGGAGUGGAUUCUGUUCCACGAGCACACCUUCUCGGUGGACAACUGCCUCCGCACCGUGACUCCCAUCACAUCAGAGGAGUUCAUUCGAAUGGCACCACAGUACUUUUUCUACAAUUUACCAACCAGCGAGAGCAAAGACAUCCUCCAAAACAUUUUGAACCACGAAGCUAAUCGGUACAGAGAGGACAAGCGUUCUUCACCAGAGGAACCCCGGGAGAACCAGACUUCUGAUCGCUGUGUAAUACAGUGACUGACAGACCUGAUGCUCAAAGAAAUUGAAGGACGUUCUGUGCUAUUUUGGACAGCUGAAUUUUCUGAUUUUUCAAGGAUUUUCUUAAUGAUGUUCAGCAUUUACUUAGGUAGAGUUCACUAUUUAAAAAAUAACUUUUUUUCCUCUCUAAGUCGGGCUUAAAAGUUUAAGUUACACAUCCUGUUGAAUCUUCUCAAUCUCUACCAUUUAGCUCCGCUUUCCCAUUGUUUUUACUGGAUUUUACCUUCAGCUGGGUGUCCCGACAUACCUGCCCCGCAGAGGGUCAACUUUUGAUUAAUGAGGUGCACGGACRUUUUGGACACGCAGGCAGCUCCAUCUGCUGUGGAUCCACUCCAAUAACAGCGGGGUCAACCAGUUCACCAACGCCACAGCGAACACAKCGUGCCCUCUUCUCAGCCACACCGGCUGAACCCAUACACAAGGACAACUGCUAAUUUGCCGAGGCGAAGCGCUGCCAGUUAAAAAAAAUCUUACCCGGAAUUGUGUUAAAUGUGCUCGUUAUUCACGUGAAAAUACUUUGCUUUAUCUCGUGUCUAGACAGGGGCAAUCAUAAAGCAAAGUACGAUGUUUUAUUAAGAUAAACCACCCACAGAAUUGAUGUGAAAUAUCCUUCAAACUUUUUAUUCUCAAAGCCAAACAUGCAAAAACAUUAAUUCACAUUUAUACACGCAUCAUUUGAAAGAUCAGCAGCGUGAAUUUGCAUUGGAAGUUGCUUAAAUAUUGCAGUUUUUAAAGCAAAUAGUUUCUCUUUUCUGUUUUAUUACCAGAAUAAUGUUGAAAACACUCAAACAUGUUGAACCUAAUCUAAAUCGUUCUCUACUGAUGCACUAUGUAGAAAAUUUAGAGAUGGCUUUACAUCUUUUUAAACUAAAUGAGACAAUCCCAGAGCUUUUGGUUUGGUUCAGUCAAAAUAGAAUUGUUUCCACAGAAACUUCACAUGUGACCAAAAAUCUGUUUUAAUAAGGAAAACUAAAAAUAUUAUUCUGAAUGUACAUAUCUACACAAAAAUAUACAAGUCAAAACGUGUGAUGAAGAUGUUUUAACGUAUUUUAAAAGGCGCAGGAGGUGAUUUUCAAAAAAAAAAAUAGUAACUGUCUCCUGAGUUUGUGCUUGUUAAUAUCUGUUAUUAAAAUGUUUUCUGAUAAUUUUUAAAAGAAGUCUAUAAGAAAGCAGAGUCAAAGUUCUAAUAAGCAAGUAAA